AUGAUCUUCAGUCUGUUCGGCGCUACCGCUCCUGGAGGAUUCGUUGUGGGAGGUGUCUUCUCAUCCAUCUUUGCUCAGCUUGUCUGGUGGCCCUGGGCAUAUUGGGUAAUGGGAAUCGCAUGUGCCAUGCUAGCUUUAAUUGGAAAAGUAGUAGGCCCCCCAGCUGCGCUUAUGGGUUGGAAAACCCCUUACACCUAUGUGCUUCUCAUUGUUGGAUUUCUGUGCCUCGGCGCCUUUGCAUUGAUUGAACGCAAAUCACUAUGUCCGUUGCUCCCACGGGCUGCUUUUACAGGCGAUCUAGCCUGGGUUCUUGGAUGCAUCGCAGCUGGUUGGUCAUGUUUUGGUAUCAUCAUAUCUUACUUCUAUCAAUUUAUGGAAGUAUUCAAAGGGGAUUCUGCGCUCUUGGCCACAGCCAAAUGGUCUGCUGCGGCAAUUUCCGGUGCCAUUGCGGCACUUAUUACUGGAUUCCUGCUUGGUCGCCUUCCGCCCAGCGUGAUCAUGUUUUGCGCAAUGGCAUGUUUCACGGCUGGUCUCUCAAUCUUUGCCACCGUGCCUGUCGACCAAGCCUACUGGGCACAAGCAUUCGUGGUGAGCAUCGUCACCUCUUGGGGAAUCGAUAUGUCGUUCCCCUCUGGAACGCUAAUUCUGAGUAAUUCUAUGCAUCGCCACCAUCAAAGGCUCGCUGCAACCCUCGUGGCUACCACGGUCAACUACUCCAUCUCCUUGAGCCUUGGAUUUGCGGGCACAGUUGAAACGAAUCAAUGA